GAAACGAGACGCGGCGAGCGCACGGCGAUCCCGACUCCCAGUCUGACUCAGAGCAUGGAGCUGGGAACGUGAGUCAAUGUGUCACUCCGCAAAUACGACUUCCAAAGCAACGGAGUGGACACAAGCCGUGAUAACCGUUUCCUCUCAAAACCAACACGCAUAAAUUGAUCUGAUUCCUGCCCGGACAACUGGAUUUGCGUCAACGUUUGCGCUGUUGUCUUUUUCCUUGGGAAACAGAAGUGGGACGCGUUUCUAACAGUCCACACCUCAAGGAUUUCUGACAGGAGGCAUUAACAGUUUGUCCACCUGUGAGAGGCCCACACCGGUCUGGACAUCUGUGGACCCUGAAUUGAAGGGAAGGGAGAUCAGAGCCAAAGAUGGAACAGCUUUCGGACGACGAGCUGGACCAUGCGGCGGAGGAGGACAGCGAUAAGGAGGAUCAGGACCUGGACAAGAUGUUUGGAGCCUGGCUGGGAGAGCUGGAUAAACUGACACAGAGUCUGGAUGAUGGGAGGCCAGAGAAAGUCCAGAAGGCCCCCCUGAGACAGGAGACCAACCUGGCCAACUUCUCCUACCGCUUCUCCAUGUACAACAUCAAUGAGGCGCUGAACCAGGGGGACCCAGUGGACCUGGACGCCCUCAUGGCAGACCUCUGCUCCAUCGAGCAGGAGCUGAGCAGCAUCGGCAAGCCCAACAGCGGGACGUCCCGGCUGACGGUGCCCGGGGAGGCCAAGCUGCGGCAGAAGCCGCCCGCGGGGCGCAGCGGGAGCGGCAGGCAGGGGGGCGGGGGGAGCAGCAGCGGGGGCAGCGGCAGCAGCAGCACCCGGGCCUCCCCCGCCUCCACGGUCCGGGGGGGCAGCGGCCACACCCGCCCGCUGGCCUCCAACUACUCCCUGGACGACAUCACGGCCCAGCUGGAACAGGCCUCCCUCAGCAUGGACGAGGCGGCCCGCCAGAGCUCGCCUUCCUCCUCCAUCUCCUCCUCCUCCUCCUCCACCCUGCGUCGGCCCUCGUCCUCCGCCCACCACCGGCGCACGGGCUCGGCCGGCGCCGUCAGCGACCGCGAGCUGCGCUCCAUCGCCCGCUCCUCCCGCUCCAGCAUCAACUCCGCCUCCGCCUCCGCCUCCAGCAUGGACUCGCUGGACAUCGACAAGCCGCUCAGACCCCCCGAGGUGGACGGCCUGCAGCAGCCCCCGCUGGGACAGGGACCGGGGCCGGGCCAGGAACAGGGCCAGAGCCAGCCCAGCACAGAGCAUGCAUCACUUCGAUGGCCCGGCGGUAAGCAGGCCAGGCGGCACCUUGACUUUUCCUCACAGGAAGUGGAUCUGAACACUCACUCCUAUCUGGACAGGGAAACCUCCCUGAUUCUGAAAAACAUUGCCGGAAAGCCCUCUCACUUGCUGACCAAGGAGGAACAGGCAGCCAAGCUGAAGGCAGAGAAGAUCAGAGUGGCUCUGGAGAAGAUCAAGGAGGCGCAGGUCAAAAAGCUGGUCAUCCGGGUGCACAUGUCGGACGAGAGCUCCAAGACCAUGAUGGUGGAUGAACGUCAAACAGUGAGACAGGUGCUGGACAGCCUGCUGGACAAGUCUCACUGCGGCUACAGCCCUGACUGGUCCCUGGUGGAGACCAUUACGGAGCUGCAGAUGGAGCGGAUCUUUGAAGACCAUGAGAACCUGGUGGAGAACCUGCUGAACUGGACCCGGGACAGCCAGAACAAGUUAAUGUUCAUUGAGCGCAUCGAGAAAUACGCCCUGUUCAAGAACCCUCAGAACUACCUGCUGGGGAGGAAGGAGACAUCUGAGAUGGCAGACAGGAACAAGGAAGCUCUGCUGGAGGAGUGUUUCUGUGGCAGUUCGGUGAGCGUACCGGAGAUCGAGGGUGUGCUCUGGCUGAAGGAGGAUGGGAAGAAGUCAUGGAAAAAGCGCUACUUCCUGCUGCGAGCCUCGGGUAUCUACUUUGUGCCAAAGGGCAAGGCCAAGGCAUCCAGGGACCUGGUGUGUUUCCUCCAGCUAGACCAUGUUAAUGUGUACUAUGGGCAGGACUACCGCAGCAAGUACAAGGCUCCCACUGACUACUGCCUCGCCCUCAAGCACCCUCAGAUCCAGAAGAAGUCUCAGUAUAUUAAGUAUCUCUGCUGUGAGGACGUUAGGACUCUCCACCAGUGGGUCAACGGGAUCCGCAUCGCCAAGUAUGGGAAGCAGCUGUAUGUGAACUACCAGGAGGCUAUGAAGCGCACAGAGGCGGCAUAUGAUUGGUCCUCCCUUUCCAGCUCCAGCAUCAAGUCCGGUUCCAGCUCUUCCAGCCUGCCUGAGUCCCACUCCAACCACUCCACCCAGUCAGACAGCGGCGUGUCGGACACCACCUCCUCGGGCCACGCCCGCUCUCAGAGUGUGGUCAGCUCCAUCUUCUCUGAGGCCUGGAAGAGAGGCACGCAGAUGGAGGAGAACACUAAGGUGAGGGCGGAGCCUGCCAGAGGAGCCGGUCCCCCUCAGACCCGCAGUAGCCUCACUCACGCCUCCCCACAGCCGUCUCCGCCCCCUCCACCACCUCCGCCCCCGCCCCCGCCUCCCCCGCUCCCCAACCCCACCCACCACUCCGCCCCCUGCCUGUUUAAGUACAGCACCAUCACCAGGCUGCAGAACGCCUCCCAGACCGGCAGCCACUUCAAGCCCCCUCCUCUGGGCCAGCAACAUGGGCUCCCCGCGCCUCCCCCGCAGUCUGGCAAGCCCCACGCCAACGUGCCGUCGGGGGCCAACGUCCCGCCCCCUCCCCCGCCCCCUCCUCCGCCCCCCAUGCCUGCCCCGGGCUCCGCCAUGGCCGUCCUGAAGCUGGGACCGCCCAGCCCCGCCCUGCCCCAGUUCACCCCCCCACCGCCCCCCCAAAUACAGCAGCCCCCGCCUCACACCCACCUGCAGAGCAACGGCAUGCCCCCUCCCCCUCCCCCAGCCCAGGUAAAGUACCCGUCUCUGAGCAGUAAUGGCCUGCAGCAGAUCCUCGCCCAGAAGUUCCCCAAUCUGCCCCAGGACUUCUCACCCCCCAUCAGCCAGGCCGAGUCGCCUCCGCCCCCUCCUCCCCCACCUCCGCCCCCUCCGCCUCCUCCCCCUGCCCCUGCACCCCCUCCUCCCGCCCCCGCACCCCCUCCGCUGCCCCCCCAACAAGCAGCUGCUCCGCCGCCUCCGCCCCCAGCUCUGGUUAAAAUCCCUCCUCAAACCGCGCCCAAACCGUGUGGCCCGGGUCUCCCUACAUCCCCUGUGUCUCCGCUCCCCCCUCCCCCGCCCGUGGAGCUAACCCCACCCCCUCCUCCACCUCCUCCCCCACCUCCCCCUCCCCCUCCUCCUCCUCCAGCUCCCCCUGUCGCAAUAAAAAAGCAGCAGAGUUUUUCGAUGGGAAAUCAGCCCCCUCCCACCCUGCCCAAGCAGCACAGCUUCUCCUCCAAACCCCUGCCCCUCUCCACAUCCUUGUCGCCCACCCCCUCGCUGGUCAAGCAGAUAGCCAGUCAGUUUCCGGGCUCCUCCCCGACCGCUCCCAACGCCCCCCAGUCGCCCCCCGUGGUUAAAGCUAAACCCAAGUGGCAGCCGGGGGGGCAGGCCCAGCCGCAGUCCCCCGAAUUCCCUCCCCCACCGCCUGAGAGCAGUCUGGCAUUCCCCCCUCCUCCACCGCCCCCUCCCCCGCCACCCGCCCCGACUCCACCCCCGCCCCCUCUCCCGCAAACCAAAACGGGGUCGCCGGUGAAGAGGUCCCCCUCGUCCUCGUCCACGUCUUCGUCCUCGUCCGCCGGGGGCGGAAAGAGGCCCCCCCCGACCCCCCAGCGCAACUCCAGCAUCAGGUCCUCCACGGGGGACCAGGAGGGUAAGAAGGUGGAGAGCCUGCUGAGCCGGUUCGGCCAGCCCUCCACGUCUGCCUCCGGUUCCGCCUCCUCUCCCGCCUCCUCCUCGGGUUCCCCCUCCAAGGACUCCAUGGGACCCCCUGCCCCUCCCAAACCGGGCAAGCUCAACCUGUCCGCGCUGCCCCUGGCCCUGCAGGGCAAAGUGGGGCAGCAGAGGCAGUCCAGCGGGGACUUCCCCUCCCCUCCGUCCGAAUGCGACUUCUUCCCCCCUCCCCCUCCUGAUUCGGAGCUCCUUCCCCCGCCCCCACUCCCCCCGGAUCUGCACGGCGGGGCGCCCAAAGUGGCCGUGGUCAACCCCCAGCCCACCGCCACCUGGGGCAAGAGCUCCCUGAAGAAGACCCCACCCCCAGCGCUCCUCCGCCGCAGCACGCCCACCCCCGAGCCCCCGCCCCUCUCCCCCCCGGCCCAGCAGAUGCCCCCGCCCCCGUUCGGCUCUCCCCUCCCCCCGACCUCCCCCAAGGGCAACCUGUCGGUGCAGCCCAACUUCCUGGAGGACCUGAACCGGACUCUGAAGAGGAAGUCCAUCACCCGGCACGGCUCGCUCACCUCCUCCCGCAUCUCCGCCAAGCUGGAGCCCGUGGCCACCAUGGACGACAUGGCGCUGCCGCCCCCGCCGCCCGAGCUGCUGCUGGAGCCGCACAAGCCGGGCAGCUACAUGUCCGGCAACAUCUCAGGCUAUGCAACAUUACGCAGGGGGCCCCCACCCGCCCCCCCGAAACGGGACCAGAGCACCAAACUGACUCGCGAGUGGUAGAGGGGCUGCCGGAAGCUGAACGUGUGCGUGUGCUGGCUGGGACUGCAGACUGAGGGCCCCUACCUCUCCUUCCAGAAUAUUCUGUCUCUCAUCACAACUCACGCAGGGCUACAGCAAGAGCCCUGUUCCUCAAGUCCAAGAUAAUACUACUUUGUUCCAUGAAGAAAAAAAGAAAAAAACGCAAUCCAAAACCACCAGCUUUUCCGUGUGUUUGUGCCGCUCUGUAUUAAUUGUAGGUAAUCAUACAAAAUAUAACAACAAGAAUGACUUUGCUGCAAUAUUAUUGGUACUGCAUGGACAUCCUUAUGGACACAGUGUAACAUGAGAAACUGUUUGGGGUGGGGGAGGGGAGAAGACGUGGCGACGGACAGAACGAUGCCAUUGGACUUUGGAGGGGAAUAGUUUUAUCUGUUUUUUUUUUUAUAUAAAAUUAUUUAAUACGUGAAAAGAUUUUCUUAUUUUAGAGUUAAGUUUUUUAAAAACCUGGAGAAUAAAGGUUAGCCUGUUUUUGAUGGUGAGCGUGUAUGCGGAAAUGUUGGCUGUGUGUAUGUGAGACUGGCUCUCUGCAGCUCUCUCUGCCUGGUUGUAAAGGGCAAGGGCAGUUAAUGUGGCAGGCACAGGGUUCACUCCUGUACCCACGAUGCCUUGUGGCUCUGUGUGGCCUCCGUGUUUUAUGAAGGAAUGAGGGACUGGACAAACCUGUGAGACGUUUGCUCUAACGCACAGAGGAGACGCGUUGCCCACGACACCGAACUGCAUGAAGCCCUUGAGAGGUGACUGACGUACAACUGGAACGCGAGUGAUGAAGUGAUUCAGAUUACGUUGUGUUUUAGGGACUGUUUAUAUUUUCCUUUUUUUUUUUUUUUUUUUUAAGGUUUGGAGUUGAAUCAAAUGAAACGCCCCCUAAAAGUCCACCCACAGGCUGCUGGGAUGUGUGAUGUGGGUGUGACCUGCUCUGUUGUGUUUUGUGUCGGUCACAUUGCUGUCUGUACAUACUGCAGCUCCUGUCUUUAAGGGCUUCCUUUGGUCCUGUCACGGCGGGGUGGGGGGGGGGGGCGAGCAGAACGGUCAGAUGUGUAGCGGUUUAGGGAAAGAGGUGAGGGGGAAUGUGUCACAUGUCCCGAACGCCCAGUGACGCCACCACUGCCAGCUGACGUCGACGCAGUGCGGAGAGAGCGCGCUCAUGUCCCGGCCUAUCACCUUGCUCUGAGAGCCAGAGAGGAUCAUGGGUACUGGAGUUUGGGAAGUCUCACAGUCAUGCCUUCUGUCUAUAUUUCAAGGGUGCUAGAAACCGAUUCUCUCAGCUGUAACAGUAUCAACACAAAGUAAGCAGUCAUUUUAAAAAACCAAACUGCACGACUUGUGACAGUCCAGCAAUCCUGCGAGUGAAUCCCUGCCGCGGAGACAGACCCGCCUGUCUGAUCACUGUCUCAGUAUUCAUCCGCAGAAAGGGCUCGGUCACGGACUACAACACCUCAAAACCCUGUAAGAAAUGAGCCAGAAGAUCUGAGUUGUGAUUUGUGAUUCAUACGAACAUGUACACGUUGUUUCCUUACCUCUGACUUUGUGUUGAUAGUUGUUUCUUCCCGUAUAUCGUUAUUCUGUUUCAGGUUUUUUCGAUUAUCUACAAGUGAACUGAGUAAUCAUUAAAUUAUUGAAGUAUUGUAUCUGAUCUCGAAGGACAAAGGAGCUCUUUAAAGUCAGGAACAUCUCUGGAAUAUAUAAAUAAAUUGGGAAA